UUCCGCUUGGGAUGGCGGGAAACAGCAACACCCAAAGUUUCAGCGGCGACACGUGAGUCGUAACGCAACACAUGUGGGCCGCCCUUUUAGGGUUUUCGACAUGCCUCACGGGGGAUCCCAGGCCCAUCAUCCGACGGCUCUCGUCCACGCCUUUUCUCUCCAAAGGUCCAGAUCCUUCACAGAUGUCAGAAUCCCCGUUGGCCGAGAUGGUGGGCCCGGAUCACACGGCAUUCCCUUCCUGCUCCCCUAUAUUAACGUCCCCCUCGCCACGCGGCCCGCGCACGCGACUCCAUCACUCAGCUUUUUAUUCUCUCCUUUUUUUUCUCCUCGCGGCGCCGUCAAAAAGAUAGAGGAGAGAGAGGGGAAAAAUGGUGGGGUACGCGUUCCACUACAAGAUCAAUCUGGAGAAGGAGAGGAAAAGCAGGGAGCGGAGGAAGCCUUCAUGGCUGGAGCCGCUGCUGAACACCAAGUUCUUCGGCCUGUGCGACGCUCACAAGGACCUGAGGAAGAGCGAGGAGAACACUUACUGUAUUGACUGCAACCGGUGCAUGUGCCCCCACUGCCUGGCCUUCUCCUCGGUGCACCGCGGCCACCGUCUGCUCCAGAUCCGGCGGUAUGUCUACCAGGACGUGAUCCGCAUCACGGACAUGCAGAAGCUCAUCGACUGCUCCAAAGUCCAGCCGUAUACGGUGAAUAGCGCCAAGGUGCUGCUUCUGAACCCCAGGAAGAACUGCAAGGCGACCAGGAUGCACCCCGGCGGCGCCAACUGCCGGAUCUGCGGUUGGGCUCUCACCGAGCCCAAUCGCUACUGCUCCCUUGCCUGCAAGGUUUCUAAAGUUGCACCAUCAGUUGGAGCUGACGAUGGGAGCACUGGAAGCACCCAAACUGAGUCACUCUUCGACCAUCUGAUGACGGACAUCGAGGCCUAUGGCUUGUCUUCUGAUUCCAGCGAGGGGAGCCGUGGCCGUUGCACGGACGCAUUAUCUCCCAAGGCCAUCAUUCACCGGAGGAAAGGGAACCCCCGGCGGGCUCCCAUGAACUGAACUGGAAUCAUGGCACCUUCCUUUUCAUCUCAAAAUAAUUAAUAGCGAAUCAUUAGUUUCCAUCCAAGAAAAAAGGGGAUAGAAUAAUCUAUCAGAUGUGGUAUGCAAAUAUUGGACAGCGAAUCGAGCCCGCUAGUUCCAUGCAUCUCCAGUGGGUCCGUCCCUGUGCAUGUAAUUUAGCAUUUUGUGCAUUCCAUGCGCCUCCGGUGGGUCCCUCCCUGCGCAUAUAAUUUCAUUGUACAGCAUAAGCGUGGGAGAGCCUUGUUAUUGUUGAAACAGUUUUCCAAUUCUUAUAAUUUGAUAAGA